AUGAUACCUUUUAUUUUACGACUGCUAAUAGUUAUUUUAUGUACUUGUCAAUUUUAUUUACAUGUUAAUACACAAUUACUUCCACCAAUAAGAAGAAAAAGUGGAGAUGUUUCAUUACCAACAUUAGAAGAAAUUUUAAAAGUAGUUGGGACUUCAAAAGUGGAAAAUGAUGCCUGUGAAUUUCAAAUUUAUGGUGUAGAAAAUGUCUGUGAUGAAAGAGAUACAAAGAAUUAUUUUAUAUAUUGUACAGGUAAAUUGAUGCAUUCAGUUAUGUAUCAUAAGUUAUUUAAUGAUUCCAAAACAUUUGUUGACAAGCCAUUAAAAUAUAAUCCCAAUAGAACUAUGACAGAUUUUUUAAAGCAAUUUCCAGAGGCAGUUGAAAAAAUUGAUAGAGAUAAACUUUUAGAUUUUGUUAAUAGAUAUUUUUAUGAAGAAGGUCAUGAAUUAGAAAAUUGUACUUCAAUUAUUGACUGGUCUGAAAAACCAGAAAAGUUAAUGAAGAUCAAUGAUGACACUUUAAGAAAUUGGGCAUUAAAAUUAAAUUUUAUAUGGAAAAAUCUUUGUAGAAAUGUAAAAAAUGAUGUGGUCGUUUUCGUGAAUUUUAUUAUUGGGAUACAUAUUGGAUAA